GAGCUCCGAGAAGACGGCGAUCCCAACCGGACUGAGGACUUGCGGAUGUCUCGACAACUAGCUGGACAAAGACGACCAUCGCCACAAGAACUUCUAGGUUGUAGCCACGGGUCUCCCCCAAAUAUAUUUUUAGACAAUUAUGAGAUAACACGCUCCUCAAAUGCAAAUCGACGACAGACAAGUGCCGUUAGUGAAGGCGAUAUCGAGCACGGAGGAGCGAACGGUCUUAAGCUGGCAUCUCUACCUACAUCGCUUGAACUAUCAAGAAGCCGUUCACGAGGCACCAGUCCCGGCAAAACGUCUCACGAUUCGCAACACAAAAGACCACUGUCACCAAAAUCAAGGCCGUCUGUACCUGUAGAUAUACCACAGGGUGAGGAGUAUAGAUCCGGUGCCGCGGCCCCAAAAGCAACGGUCGAAUCGGGGACUCUGAAUGUUCCUCUCGGCAAUGUACACGUCCAGACACGCGCAUCCUAUGGAUCGACCGUUAACGGGGAGUCAGAGCCUCGGGCUUACGCCGAGUGGCGAGACCUGGAUUCAUCGUGGAAACGGAACAUCGUCGUGUCAAACGUCAUUGCCUUCUUCCUGCAAUGGGGCGUUACAGGAGCAGCUGUGGUCAUCGCCUACAACACUCCAGCGUACGGAAUCGGUUGCAGGCCGUCCAGCUAUCUUCUCUACGCGAUUCUUGCAACUGCUGCGCAUAUCCUUCUCUUCAUUUCUGUAUUCCUCUCUCACGAAGUGAUGUUGAACUAUCAAAACGGAAGUGCAACUAUCACCUGUAAAAGCCCGCGCAACUAUCGUGUAUACAUUGUCUCUGCCCUUGCGGUGAUGACACGAAUUACCGGAAAGGCGAUUGCCAUAGCGAACACCUUUUGGAUCAUUCUGAGUUCGUUGUUUGAAUUGGUAGGUCUGUAUAACAGUUGUUUCUGUGAAGCAUCGAUGCUUAUACCAAAAGCAACAUCGUGGGUCCUAUUGUUCUCAUCGCAGUCGGGGGAGCUUCGUCAUAAUGCCGGGCGGUACUGGGCCGGGGGCAUUGUCAUGAGUGCCCUGGUAUGCAUGAUUACGUGCUGGAUUGUGUACCUGUAUCGCACAAGAGCUUAACGAGCAAAACACAACAACGCUCAAACAUAUUCAUCCACGUUCCCAGCCACAGUGCUUCUUCAUGUCAAUGGACCAUGUAUAGUUACGGCCGAGCUCUUGUAAGCGAAUGAGGCUAGUCG